UGGGCAUAACGCACGUUGCGGAUGUAUGAUUUUGGCUUGUCGCGUGAAUGAUAGGUUCUUCGCGUUGAUAUCAAGAGUUGAGCUGCACCAUGGCUGCCACAGACCGCCUGGAAAACGUCAACCCCCAGAUCUUCUGCACGGCCACUCAGAGGCCAGUGACGUCAUCAGAGCUGGACGACGAGGUGGCCGACCCGAUCGACGCCCGCGAGGUGUUUGACCUAAUCCGGGACAUCAACGACCCUGAACACCCGCUGACCCUAGAGCAGCUGAACGUGGUGGAGGAGCGGCUGGUCGAGGUGGACCCGGAGGUCGGCCGCGUCCAGGUUUACUUCACACCGACCAUCCCGCACUGCAGCAUGGCCACCCUCAUCGGCCUCUCGAUCAAGGUCAAGCUGGAGCGCUCGCUGCCGGCGCGCUUCAAGCUGGACGUGCUCAUCUCGCCCGGUUCGCACGCGUCCGAGCGCGCCGUCAACAAGCAGCUGGCCGACAAGGAGCGCGUGGCGGCCGCCACUGAGAACGGCCGCCUGCUGGAGGUGGUAAACCAGUGUCUGGUGCCGCCGUCGUCGGCCGAGGGCGCUUGAGCCGAGGCUCUCUUAGGAGCGGCCAGCUCUUGGCGCGUCGGCUUCGUGUGGCGCGUCGGCGUCGGCCUCGUGUGGCGUGACGGCGUCGGCCUCGUGUGGCGCCAGGGUGUGGGCAGACUUUCGAGCCCGGUGUGGUGGCGAGUGCCGAGCGAGCGGCGUACCAGGCACGCGGCGAAGCAGCCGUCCAUUUGCGAGCGCCGUCACUGGAACAUGCCGCUUCUCUGACGCGCCAGGCACGCGGCGAAGCAGCCGUCCAUUUGCGAGCGCCGUCACUGGAACAUGCCGCUUCUCUGACGCGUCGAUGAUGAGCUGUAGGGCAUGGUAGGACAAUGAAGAAGGGCUCUGUAGGGUAUGCUAGGGCUGUAUGCGCAUGGUCGUUUGCAUGCCGUGGGCCCGUCACAUAUUUAUAAAUGCGUUUUAAGACCUAGAGUCCUGCGGCGGAUAGGCAGGUUCCGGAAAUGGCCGAAACUAUGAGAGGCCGUGAGGGCGGUUGAUUUAAUAAAAAAAAAAUGAUUGCAUGCCGUGGUGAAGCGAGUGCGCAACCACCGCCAGAUUUAACAGGUUUUGUUAUGUCCACAUGAACAUGAAUUCUCAAUAAACGUGCAAUGUAUGCA